ACCCGGAACCUGUAUAGGCAAUAAAACCGAAAGUUAAAUCAGCACUUCGUUUGAGGAAAUAAAGGGUUUAGAAUCAUCUGGUGUUUUGAUAUGGCUGCCUCAGUGAGCGCUGAUGCCCAUGGUGUUCGGGUGGUGACCCACAUCAUCCCUCUGGAGAGGUCCGAGCCUGACCAGUAUCCCAGUAAGACCAAAGAGGUCAAAGAUGAGCCUGAGGUGCCCUACAUGACCAGGAUGUUUCUGAAGGGAGAGCCGGUAGCACUUGGGACUGUGCAGAUUUUUGUCGGGAUCGUGAUGAUGGUACUGGGAGCAAUCACCCUGCUCACCAAAACCCUGGAUGGAGAAGUGCCGCUGGGUCUCGGACUGGCGUUUGCCUUCUGUGGAUCUGUAACCCUGGGUGCACACAAAGGAACCUGUCCUCCACUGAUUAAAGGCACGAUGGCACUGAACAUCAUCGUCAUCCUGCUGGGCCUGUCGGGCGUCGGCUACUUCUCCUACGUGUUUACUGUCAGACCUGACCUGGGUGAAUGUGCUAAGGAUUUAAAUGAUUAUCGAAGCUACUACUAUUACUCUGACUGCAGCAGUAUUUCAUGGCGACUCCAGAAUUUAAUCAUUGGGCUGAAGGUUGUUCUCUUGGUUUUGUCCGUGCUGGAGGUUUGCGUGUGCACCACUCUCGUCGUCUUCUCCUGCAAGGCAAACUGUCGGGCCUCUGUGCCCAAACCGGUGGUGGUGAUGGUGCAGGGCGCUGAGCAGGCGGACUCCGGCAGUCGUGAAGCUCUGCUGAACGCUGAAGUUUGUCCUCCAGCCCUGGAAGUCUGAGUAAACACAUGAAAUAAAAGCACUUCUUGAUUUUUUCUUUUCUGUUAGAGUAAAACUUUCACUGAUGUGAUUAUUAAUAUAAAACUCUCACUGUAAUAAACUCAGCUGAUUAUCUGCACUUUUCUGGAAUUAAACCUUUGUACAAUAAUGAUACAGUAGGUUCGCUUUAUUUGCCGGUAUAUGGCUCUAAGGAUGCUGCUAUUGAGGGACAAAAACGUGAAUGAUCAGGAUGCAAAGAGUUCAGUCCUUUUUUUUAGGGAGUUCUGAACAUUUACAUUACUAUUAAACACAUUAAUACGGCACUGCUCACUAAUAUACUGCGAUUUAAAGGUAUGCAUACUAUUAAAAAGCUGUUAUUUAGGCUGUUUUCGACCUCAGAAAUAAGUAAACAUUUUAUAAAUGGUCAGAUUAGUGCAUUGAACACUAAUGGAAGAGUUGGUUGGGUUUUAAAGCAUAGACGUCUCUCUUUGCCUUAGUUUUCCACAAAAAAUGUCUGUACAGUACACAUAAUGUAUAUUUUUUGGUCUUGUUGGGUUAAAGUCCACAAAUAAAGCGAACCUGCUGUACAUCGGAUUACUGGUUGUCACUUUUCUCACUGUGUCUCACGUCUUUAUUAAUGACUUAAUUAUUAAUCAUAUCAACAUUUUAAAUUAGAUUAGAAGUAGGUUUAUUAAUCAGUCAGUAUCUGUUAUUCAUAAAUCAGUCUAUUACUGUGUAUCACAUUCUAUAUAAUCUAUACAUUCUAUUACAGACUUAUAUUUGAAUUAUAUUAAAUAUUCAUUUCAAACGUUUUUUAAGAGACCCGCAUUUGUCCAUGAUUUUUACUGCACCCCAGACAACACAAACAACACGUCAAAGCAAAACCAAAACGAAAUAUACUUAAUUAAUAUAAAUGAUGCCAAUCUGGUCCUACUGUGGCUUAUAAGAUGUAACGUAAAGCUGCCACAAGGGGGCGUUCAUGUACAAGCUCAUGUUAAAAUUCCUUUAUCAUUUAAUUAUUAUUAUUAUUUGCAGCUCAUUUUUUGGCUCAUAACCUGAAAAAACCUGCACUAGGCCACUUCUUCUAAGAUUUGGGGUGCUAUCCAUCAACCGGGCAUCUGCUUGGUCCAAAACAGCCUAGCUAUUGGGAGGCACACUUCCCAAGCUCGAAACUAAAUACCGGCGUAUAACUGUCCCCUAUAUAAUGGAGCAGCCGACAGAAAAAAUAUUAGUGCAUUUAUGCAGUAUGAUUAGUUAAGUAUUAGUCCAGAUUCAUGUUUACUUAUUUACCAUUUAUUAUUAUUGGUUAUAAGAGAUUAAUAACUGCAAAAUAUGACAAUUCCUUUAUUAUUUUGACACCAGUCUGUACAAUGAAAAUGAGGUUAAAACCCUGCUGGGGAAAUAAAAGGGUGAUUUUUAUUUUUCUAUGUUCUUGUUUUAUAAGUAAUGAUAUAAAGCUUUGUGUAUGUUAGAAUAAAAUCAGCAUCUUGAGUUAA